AGCGCGGGAGCUCCAAGAUGGCCGCGCCCGUCUGAGGCGCUGCCGCCCGCUGCCGCUCGCUGCCGCCGCCGAGCUCCGCGCCCGCUUCAUCCCCGCUGCCGCUCCCUGCCGCGUUCUCCUUCCCCUCAUCUCCCCGGGGCAGAGCGGGAGCCGGAGACCCGGUCCCGGCGGCGGGUGUGUGCGCGCGUCCGUCUCAGAAAUAAUGAGGAUAUCGGGCCCCCAUGUCGGACCACUCUGACGAGAGGGCGACGAUGAUAGCGGCCGGCGACCUGCAGGAGUUCGCCCCCCGGGGCCGCGACCACUGCCGCCGCCACCCCAGCGCCCUCACCCUCCAGCUGAGGCGGCUGCAGCCCGCCUCCGAGCUCUGCUCCUCCGACGGGGCAGCCGGGCUGGUGGGGUCCCUGCGGGAGGUGACCAUCCACGAGCGGCAGCGGGAAAGUUGGCAGCUGAGGAAAGGCGUCGGUGAUGUCGGGGAAGAGGUGGACUACGACGAGGAGCUGUAUGUGGCCAGCAAUAUGGUCAUCUGGAGCAAAGGGAGUAAAAACCAAGUGUCGACUGUGUAUAAGGCCUUCACUGUGGACAGCCCUGUUCUGCAGGCUCUGUGGUGUGACUUCACUGUACCCCGGGACAAAUCUGAAAAAGCAGAUGGCAGUGAUGAAAUAGUAGAGAAAUGUAUCUGCAUAUUGCAGAAUUCCUGUAUAAAUGUGCAUAGCAUAGAGGGAAAGGAUUACAUUGCUGCUUUGCCUUUUCAGGUUGCAAAUGUCUGGCCAACCAAGUACGGGUUGUUAUUUGAACGCAGCAGUUCUUCACAUGAGGUACCUCCCAGCCCACCCAGAGAACCUUUACCUACUCUGUUCAGCAUGCUGCACCCCUUGGAUGAGAUAACCCCUCUGGUCUGGAGGUCUGGAGCAGGGGUGUUUGGCUCUGGCAGAGUGCAGUACGUUGCUGAUCACACCCUGAGGAUCGUGUUCCUCAGUGCUGACCCCUCCCUGGUGAUGACCUAUGACUCUGUGCAGAGCUUACACACUGUCUGGGCUCUUCGGAGAGUAAAGCCAGAGGAGCAGAACACGGUGCUGAAGUUCUCUGAGCAGAUGGGCACCCCCCCUCACCUGGGCACCAGCAGCUCCCUGACUGCUCACCUCCGCAGCCUCUCCAAAGGAGACUCCCCCGUGGGCUCCCCUUUCCAGAACUACUCCUCCCUCCACAGCCAGAGCAGAUCUGUCUCCUCCCCCAGCAUCCAGUCCCGUUCCCCAUCCAUCUCCAACAUGGCUGCUUUGAGCCGCUCCCAUUCCCCUGCCCUGGGGGUCCAUUCCUUCUCAGGAGUGCAGAGGUUCAACUUCUCCAGUAGUGCUCAGUCCCCAAAGAGGCACAACAUCACCCACUCCCCAAACAGCACAUCCAGUGAGUCCUUCCUUGUGCCAGAAACUGAACCAAUUGUUCCUGAGCUCUGUAUGGAUCAGCUGUGGACAGAAACCAUCACAAGCAUGAGAGAGAAGAAUUCCCAAGCAUCAAAGGUGUUUAUUACCACUGACCUUUGUGGGCAGAAAUUCCUGUGCUUUUUAGUGGAAUCCCAGCUCCAGCUGAGGUGUGUAAAAUUCCAAGAGAGCAAUGAUAAGUCCCAUCUGAUCUUUGGUUCUGUUACCAACAUCCAAGCAAAGGAUGCAGCUCCAGUGCAGGGCAUUGAUACACUGCUGGUUCUGGAGAGCACUGGGAACCUGGUGCUGUAUUCUGGAGUGGUUCGGGUGGGGAAGGUUUUCAUUCCUGGGCUGCCUGCUCCAUCCCUGACAAUGUCCAACCAAAUGCCUCGGCCAAGCACUCCCUUGGAUAGUGUCAGCACUCCAUCCAAACCUUUGAAUAAGCACCUGGGGCCCCUGGAAGAGGGCGUGCUUUUGUCACCAGUUCCAGAGAUAAGGGAUUCCAGCAAACUUCAUGACUCCACUUAUGUGGAAGACUGCACUUUUCAGCAGCUUGGGACAUUCAUUCAUGCUCUGAGGGAUCCUGUCCACAACAGGGUAACUCUGGAACUCAGCAAUAACACCAUGGUUCGGAUUACAAUUCCUGAGAUUGCCACUUCAGAGCUGGUAAAAAGAUGUCUGCAAGGCAUCAAAGCCAUCCUGCCCAAGGAGGUAGCAGUACAGAUGCUUGUCAAGUGGUACAAUGCCUACAAUGCCCCAGGAGGACCAAGCUAUCACUCAGAGUGGAAUCUAUUUGUAACAUGUCUCAUGACUAUGAUGGGUUACAACACAGAGAGGCUCUCCUGGACACGUAAUCUUGAUUUGGAAGGAUCACUUUCACCAGUUAUUGCUCCGAAGAAGGCUAGACCAUCAGAAACAGGAUCAGAUGAAGACUGGGAAUAUCUCCUGAGCUCUGAUUACCACAGGAAUUUUGAGUCCCACCCUGUUGCCAAAGCUUUACGAUUGGAACCUCUGGAAGUUUUGCCUCUGAAGGAUGAUUUUCCACUGAGCCUCAGUUUGGAUUCCUCAACCCUCCUUUUCACCCACAUUCCUGCUGUUUUCUUUGUUCUUCACCUCAUCUACGAGGAGCUCAAACUGAACAGUCUGAUGGGAGAAGGAAUUCGUGCCCUUGUUGUCCUGCUGGUGCAGCUGGCCAGGGACUUGAAACUUGAAACUUACAUAGAUUAUUACUACAGAGACUAUCCAGCCCUUGUAAAAACCUCCAGGCAGACCUGUGUGAUUGAUCAAGUCCAAACAGGUUUCAUGCACCAUCCCUCAUUCUUUUCUGCUGAGCCUCCAAGUAUUUUUCAGUGGCUGAGUUCCUGCCUGAAGGGAGAGGGAGUGCAGCCUUACCCUUACUUACCAGGAAUCUGUGAGAGGAGCAAACUGGUGGUACUGAGCGUGGCUCUCUACAUACUGGGUGAUGAGAGUGCUGUCUGUAACGAAGCCUCCCAUUAUCUCUACAAGAUUACAUCAGGACAAAGGAAGCAGCAAGUGGAGCAGGAUGACAAUUGGUAUGCAGGGUGCAGUUUCAGGCACAGCACAUCUGUUUCCAGCCUGGCUGAAAAGUUAGUGCUUUGGAUGACUGAUGUUGGUUUCACCUUAAGAGAUCUGGAGUCCCUGCCCUUUGGUGUGGCCCUUCCCAUCAGAGAUGCAAUCUAUCACUGCAGGGAGCAGCCUGCCUCAGACUGGCCAGAAGCUGUUUGCCUCUUGAUUGGGCGCCAGGACCUGUCCAAGCAGGCGUGUGAAGGGAACAUCCAGAAGGGUAAAUCUUCUGUGGGCCCAGUGCUGUCCUCUGACAUUCCCUCUGGAACAGAGUCAGAGGAGGAUGAGGAUGGGAUGAAUGACAUGAACGAGGAGGUGAUGUCUCUGAUCUGGAGUGAGGACCUGAGGGUGCAGGAGGUGCGCAGGCUGCUCCAGAGCGCCCGUCCUGUGCGUGUCAACGUGGUGCAGAUGCCAGAAGCAAGUGACCACGAGUACAUAGAGGAGAAAGAAAACAGGCUGUUACAGCUGUGCCAGAGGACCAUGGCCCUGCCCGUGGGACGAGGGAUGUUCACUCUCUUCUCCUACCACCCUGUUCCAACCGAGCAGCUGCCCAUCCCCAAGCUGAACCUCACAGGCCGAGCUCCUCCUAGGAACACCACUGUGGAUCUCAACAGUGGGAACAUUGAUGUGCCCCCCAACAUGGCCUGCUGGGCCAGCUUCCACAACGGGGUAGCAGCUGGCCUGAAGAUAGCUCCUGCUUCCCAGAUAGACUCUGCUUGGAUUGUCUAUAACAAACCCAAAAUUGCUGAGCUGGCCAAUGAAUACGCAGGGUUCCUCAUGGCCCUGGGGCUCAACGGGCACCUCACCAAACUUGCCACCCUCAAUAUACAUGACUACCUGACAAAGGGCCACGAGAUGACAAGCAUUGGGCUGUUGCUGGGUGUUUCUGCUGCCAAGCUGGGCACGAUGGACAUGGCCAUCACAAGGCUCCUGAGCAUCCACAUUCCUGCUCUCCUGCCACCCACUUCCACAGAGCUGGAUGUCCCCCACAAUGUCCAGGUGGCUGCUGUGAUAGGAAUUGGCCUGGUCUAUCAGGGCACGGCUCACAGGCACACAGCUGAGGUUCUGCUGGCUGAAAUUGGACGUCCCCCUGGCCCAGAAAUGGAGUACUGCACAGACAGAGAGUCCUACUCCCUGGCAUCUGGGCUGGCCUUGGGCAUGGUGUGCCUGGGGCAUGGCAGCAAUUUGAUUGGUAUGUUGGACCUCAAUGUUCCUGAGCAGCUCUACCAGUACAUGGUUGGGGGACACCGGCGGUUCCAGGCGGGGAUGCACAGAGAGAAGCACAAGUCUCCCAGUUACCAGAUCAAGGAGGGGGACACCAUCAAUGUGGAUGUCACUUGUCCAGGUGCCACGCUGGCACUUGCCAUGAUCUAUCUAAAGACUAAUAACAGGUCCAUUGCUGACUGGCUUCAGGCUCCAGAUACCAUGUAUUUGCUGGACUUUGUAAAGCCAGAGUUCCUUUUAUUGAGGACCUUGGCUCGCUGCCUGAUCCUCUGGGAUGACAUCUUGCCCAAUUCCAAGUGGGUCAAUAGCAACGUGCCUCAGAUCAUAAGAGAGAACAGUGUAUCUCUUCAGGCAACAGAGCUGCCUUCAUCUGAAGACCUCAGCUUGGAAACACUGGCGCAAGCUCACGUCUACAUCAUUGCUGGAGCCUGCUUGUCACUGGGGUUUCGAUUUGCUGGGUCAGAAAAUCUGGCAGCAUUUAACUGCUUGUACAAAUAUGCAACAGAUUUCCUGAAGAGUUUGUCAGCACCAACAGCUUCUAUAACAGGUCACUACAACCUGGAGACCUGCUUGAGUGUCCUGCUGCUGUCCCUGGCCAUGGUCAUGGCUGGCUCUGGAAACCUCAAAGUCCUCCAGCUUUGCCGCUUCAUGCACAAGAAGACGGGUGGGGAGAUGAACUAUGGGUUCCACCUGGCUCACCAUAUGGCUUUGGGGCUCCUCUUCCUGGGAGGAGGAAGGUAUUCCCUGAGCACCUCCAAUUCUUCAAUUGCUGCUCUGCUGUGUGCUCUCUACCCUCACUUCCCUGUUCACAGCACAGACAAUCGGUACCACCUCCAGGCUCUACGUCACCUGUACGUGCUGGCAGCAGAGCCCCGGCUCCUGACACCCGUGGACGUGGACACCAACACUCCUUGCUAUGCCCUGAUCGAGGUGACCUACAAGGGCACACAGUGGUAUGCAGAAGCCACUGAGGAGCUGAUGGCACCCACACUUCUUCCAGAGCUUCACUUACUCAAGCAGAUCAAAGUGAAGGGACCACGGUACUGGGAGUUAUUAAUAGAUUUAAGCAAGGGAACAAACCAUCUGAAAUCAAUUCUGGCCAAGGGGGGUGUCCUCUACGUGAAGCUGAGGGCAGGGCAGCUCUCCUACAAGGAGGACCCCAUGGGCUGGCGCAGUCUCCUGGCUCAGACUGUUACCCACAGGCACUCUGAGGCUCGGGCAUUCAAGCCAGAAGCAAUUUCAGCUUUCACUUCUGAUCCUGCUCUGUUUUCAUUUGCUGAUUAUUUCUGCAAACCAACUGUGAACAUGGGACAGAAACAGGAAAUCCUGGAUCUUUUCUCCUCGAUUCUUUAUGAGUGUGUUACCCAAGAAAACCCAGAGAUGCUGCCCACGUACAUAGCCAUAGAUCAGGCUGUGAGGAGACUGACGAGGAGGGAAAUGUCUGAGACGUUUGAGCUGUGGCAGAUUAAGUUGGUCUUGGAAUUCUUCAGCUCCAGGAGUCACCAGGAGAGGAUGAGCAGGAACCCAAACCGAGGGCUCUUCAUGAACUCUGAAUUUCUGCCUGUGAUGAAGUGCACCAUUGAUAACACUUUGGAUAAGUGGCUUCAAGCUGGAGGAGAUGUCUCUCUGCAUUCCUACCUGAGUGGGCAGCCCACUGAGGAGUCUCAGCUGAGCAUGCUGGCUUGCUUCCUGAUUUACCACUCUGUCCCCACACCAGGACAGCUGGCAGCUGGAGGCUUGGAAGGAAGCACCAACUUCUCCGAGCUGCUCCUGAAGUUCAAGCAGCUGAACAUGCCUGUCCGUGCCCUGCUGAGGCUGGCACCCCUGCUGCUGAGGAACCCCCAGUCCAUGGUGCUCUAGGUGCCUGGCUGCUGGAGGAGCAGAGCCAGCAAGGGCUUGGGCUCAGGCUUUUCAAACCCACACAGGUAAAAAUGUGCUUGGUUUUUUUUGAUUUUGUAACUUCUCAAACAAUGUCAACGUCAGAAGUCAUCCCUGGAUGUGGUGGCUGUGACCAGGAGUUAUUUAUAACUUGUUAAGAGGAAUUUAAAGUAAAAUUGUAAAAGUUGAGCUAAUAAUAAAUUUACUUUUGUAACUAA